AUGGGUUCCACUGCAAAAGUAGCAAAUGUCAUUUUCCGCUUCUUCGCACUGUGUUCUGCAGCUAUAGUUGCUGGCAUAAUUGGGCAUGGGAUCUACCUCAUCGGAAAAGGAGGGGGAAAUAUCGAUUCACGGAUCAUCUACACUGAGGCACUCGCCGGGAUCAGUAUCUUCUUCGCUCUGAUUUUUUUGCCACCCUUUAUCCACGCUUUUUGGGCUGCUCCUCUCGACCUGGCAAUCUUUAUCAUGUGGAUGGUAUCUUUCGGCUUACUAGAAAACGCGAGUGAUCGAAAUGCUUGUUCAGCCUACUGGCAAUAUAACUAUUGGGGCUAUUACUGGGGAUACUACUGGAGAGAUUACCCUGUCACCUACGGCACCACAGCCAUCGCCAAUUCUGCAGGAUGUAUCGAAUGGAGAACCGCACUUGCAUUCAUCUUUCUUGGAGGAAUGUGCUGGUUUGUAAAUGCUUGUAUCGGUGCAAUCCAUCUUGCCUCUAGACAUGAUGAGGCGAAGGAAGUCAAGGAAAGAAAAAAGAGUACAAGUUCUGUCCCUCCUCAGACUCCUCAUACUGCUCACACCGAGGCCGAUCCUGCUGGAGCUGCACCUGUUCGUGUUCAGGAAACUGUUUAG